GUUGGACAAUUUAACGUUUCAGUCAACGGCAAUUAUUCGAUUCAAAAACAACGACCGUUAAAACGCGACGGCAGAAAAUGCGUUUUGUAGUGUGACGGAAGAAGACGAAGAAGAAGGAGACCUUUGCAAUAAUUAGUUUUUUUAUUUAUUUUUUUGCAAUAAUCCGUGCAAAUACAAACAACAGCAAAACGUGUCUGUUCAACGUUUAACUAAAAUAAAAAUAAACGAAGGCGGGCAAAAAUAUGUUUUCAAUAUUACGCAAAUAAUUAAUAGAAAUAAAAGCAACAACUACAGCGGGACAGGCAAAGAAAAUAUUAAAAAUAAAACAAUAAUUAUACAAUCAACCAUAAUAUAAAACAAAAAAAUAAAAUAUCUACAAAAACAUUUUGUGAUCUCAUAAAUUUUAACGAGUGUCGUUAUUUUCAAUUUAAAGAAAUAUAACACUAAAAAGAAAUCAUAAAUUGAAAAACUGAAAUAAAAACACUCCAUAAAGUCAAUAAAAUAUUCAAAACUGUGCGGUUAUGCAAUAAAUAAAUUCGAUACCAGCGACAAAAGAAACACAAUUUUCAGGUGUUGAUAAACUUCAAUAUAACCAUUAAAUGAAAUAAAAACAAAAACACAACAUUCAAUAAAAGUGAUAAAAGAAAACUACAACAAGUGAAGAAAAACAACAACAAAAAACGAACCUAAAAUAAGAAAAAAAAAAAAACAAAAUUUUCCCUUUUCAAUAGCGGAAGAAUAAAUAACGAAAUUAUGGAAUAUUCCGAAUUUUUAGAAUAUGCCAUUGAACUGUGGCACUAUGUGCCCUAUAUUUUUUAUGCUUUUGUCUUCCUCACCCUCAUACCCAAGUCAUUGAGAAAAAUCAAUGAUUUUGCCAAGGCCGAUUAUGAAGCAAAUCGCCAUAAAUAUCAUCGUUGUUAUGGACCCGAAUUGUGCUGUCAUGUCUUGGAGGGGGAUGAGCAUUUGCCCAAGCAAAAGGCACGCAAGGCGGUGACACGUGUCUAUCCCAAAAAGCAGACGAUCGACGGCAAAAAGGAAGAAAAAUCUGCAACGACAAAAACAACAGCAGCGCCUGUGGCCAAUAGCCAUGAAGAACCUGCCAAUGUCUAUAAACGCCAGGUGCACACCCACACAAAUGUCAAUAAAAUUGCCAAAAUGUUUGAAAGUGGUGGUGUCCAAAAGAAAAUCAAUCGCGUCACACCCACAGUAUUACCUGAUUUCCGUAGAUGUUCUCUGAAUUUCGACGAUGAUGAUCAUGAUUUGUUUGAGCGCAAGGAGGUGGUGGUGGCCAACAAAGUCGAGCCACCAAAGAAAAGAGAAAAUGUUGUCCUACGACGUCUAUCAAAACUUAGCCAAGAAUUGGAGGAGAAUAAUGAAAAUUCGGCAAACAUUUUAAAUCAACUUUCCACUGGAGAUUGGCACAGUGAACCCAUAACUACGGAGAAAACAAAACGCCACAUACCGGCAGCUUUAAAUUUAAGUGACAUAAACUCAGCCACACCCUCAACAAUGUCACCCAAUCAUUCGUCAUCGCCCAACUCGCCAUCGAAUUCUCCCAUCCCAUCCCUGUCGCCGGUGGAGAAAAAUGUUCCCAUUUUAAAUAUGAAAUCCAGUUUAGAGGAUAUUUUCGCAGCUAUUGCCAAAAGUGCGGAAGAUUCAGAGGGUUUCCUCUAUCGUGGUUGCAAUUCCCUUUCGCCAGUUACCUCAAUCGAUGAUAUCUUGUCCCAGCGCCGCCUCUCACGGCCCCUGUCGGCCUAUUCCAUUAGUGAUCUGUUAAACGAUGAUCAAUCGAGCAAUAAAAGUCUAGAAGAGGCAGCUUAUAUGGAGAAUUUCUUAAAAGUCUUAAAUAAAACGUGAGAAACAAAACGAUCUCUUUGGAUUAGGUAGUUAAACAAAAAAAUAAAUUUCAAAUUAUUUAUGUAUGUAUUUGUAUGUAAGCCUUACAAUUGUGAAAUAAUAUUUUGUGUGCCAUGCCAUAGGGCAUGAUUUCAAGGAUUUUUAGGUAAAUAGGUCUUUGGGAAAAUCAUUAAUUGACAAAAGCGAUGAUGCAAAGGAGAAAAUUUUGUUUUUCAUAUAAAAACCGUAAACAGAAUGAAAAUAAUUCCAAUAUUUUAUGAAUAGUGGUUUAAAAAUGUUAGAAUUUCUGCUUUUUAUGAACAGUUUUCAUUAAAGUAAAUAAUUACGGCUUGUCAGACAAAAAUCGUUGAUGGAAAGCAUGAAAACAUGCAUGGGAGAAAUAAUUUCUAUAUUAUACGAAUAGCGUUUUAUACGUGUUCCCAUUGUUCGGAGUUUUGCAUUUUAUGAACAGCGUUCUUAAAACAAACAAAAAAUGGCUUUGUUUCAAACAAAAGCGAUGACUGAUAAAUGUUGAAUUUUAUUAAAACAUGCACAGAAAAAUUGUGCUUCAUAUAUUGUAAGAACAUUGUUUUUAAAAUGCUAGGAUUUCUGAAUUUUAUGAACAGCGGUCAUAAAAACAAUUUUUGAUUUCUUGUCAGAAAAAAAAUGAUUCUUAUGAAAACAUAAACGAUAAAAUAUUAAUUCUUAUAUUCAAUGAAUAGUGUUCUGAAAUCUCACCAAUGUUCGAAUUUCUACAUAUUAUGAACAAUGUUCAUAAAACAAAAACAAAGUUUUUUUUAUUAGGCAAAAUCGAUUAUGGAAGGCAGAAAGUGUUGACUCUCAUUAAAUGGUUCACUGUGAAAAACUCUUUCAUUAUAUGAAUAUUGUUGUCAAUGUUAAGAUUUCUGUAUUUUAUGAACAUCAUUCAUAAAACUAAAUAAUGAUUUCUUUUGAGAGAAAAGCGAUGAUGGGAAGUAUCGAAGCUUAUAAAAAAUAUGCACAGAAAAAAUUAAUCAUUAAUUAAUUGUGUUCUGAAAAUGUUGGCAUUGUUCAGAUUUCUGCAUUUACGAAAAACUUUCAUAAAACAAAAUAACAACUUUUUUGUCAGAAAAAAGCAAUGAUGGAAAGCAAUGAAUAUUCAGUCUCAUAAUAAUUCAUUAAUUGUAUGAAUGGAAUUCUGAACAUGUUUUCAAUGUUCAGAUAUCUGAAUUUUAUGAACAGAGUUCAUAAAAGUAAAUACUAACGUCUUAUCAGAGCAAAGCAAUAAUGGAAAGCAUAAAAUAUAGAUUUUUAUAAAAAAAACAUGCACAGAAAAAUAAUUCAUACAAUAUUGGAAUAGAGUUUUAAAAUAUUGUCAAUGUUAAGUUUUUUGUAUGAACAGCGUUCAUAAAUUUAAACAACGAUUUCUUGUCAGACAAAAACAAUGAUGGAAAAUAGAGAAUGAUGUUUUUUAUAAAAACAAUAAUUCAUACAUUGCAUGAAUAGUGUUUUGAAAAUGUGAGAAUUUUUGUGCUUUAUGUACAGCGUUCAUAAAACAAAAUAAUGGCUUAAUAACAGAUAAAAUCAUUAGAAAGCCAAAAACGUUGAUUUUUUUUAAGAAAAUAAUCCUUUAUGAAUUGGUUUACAGAAAUGAUGCCAAGUUUAGGAUUGUUGCCUUUUAUGAACGGUGCUCAUAAAACUAAAUAACGAUUUUUUGUCAGAGAAACCAAAACAACCAUUUAGGUAAUAAUAAUGAGAGUAAAAAGUAAGAGAGACUAACAAACACUUCAUUAAAUAUUUAAGAGAAAUUGACACUUUCCGACUUGCAUCAGUAGAGUAUAGGCAAAAUAGAAAAAAAAAAGGGAGAAUAUAAUUGAUUUCUUGACUGCUAAUAACUCUUUUAAACUUUGUGAAAGAUCAGUAUUGUCUAAUAUCAUUAAAAAAAAAUAUAUUAAAAUUAAUUAAAAACUAAACGUUGAUUUGUGGUUGUUUUAUGAAAGCUACGAGAAAAUGGCAUAUACUUUUAAGUUUAAUGCAUGCUCACGCCAUUCGGAGAGUUGCACAUUUACGUUCUCCCAAUUUUGUUACUCUCUGCUAACAUUGUAUUUCAAUAGUGUUGAUUAUGUGUAUGGAGAAAAUAACCCUCACUGAGAGUCAAGUAAUUCAAGGCAUCACACUAUAAACAAGAGACUAAAAGUGAGCUCAGGUAGUCGUAAUAUAAAGAAUAAUAAGAAAAUAGUUUUGGAAUGUAUGAACUUCAUACUUUAUUCGAG